AUGUCAAUCUACUGCAUAAGAGUUAUAAGCCACCUCUAUGAUUCAGAACUCAAGUCUUCCAAUACCAGCUUAGAAGACUGUUCAAGUUCUAUUUUUGGUUUUAGUUUUCCUGAUGAGGACAGUUUAAUUACAUAUGACGGACCUUUCUCGACCCUUGAAGUGCUUGAAGUGAGAAUUCCGCCUAGUUUCAUGUCUUCUCCUGAAAGCAAUCUGAUUGAUGAUGAUUUGGAUAGUCCAGACUCAACUUUUGAAAUGAUCAAGAGUCUUAUAGAAUCUGUACUCGGCGGUGAUGAUUACGAGGACGAUUAUUAUGAUUUUGACAAGGAUAAUUCCUCUAUGGCGGAGCUGGUCCAGCAUGGAAUGUCUGCAUAA